GGAGAGAAGGCCGACGCGCAGAGCCAGACUGAACUGCAGCAACGGCAGGGCUGGGCUUUGCACAUACACACACCUUCAACAGCAGGACACACCAGAAAGGAAAGGGGAUGGCCUAGCUGUGUUGUGUUGUUGGCAGUCUAUCAGCAGUGAGCUACCUGGACCAGAGGUGUGUACCAGAGGCAGCAGCAAGUUGCAGAGAUGAGUGUGACCUCCUGGUUCCUGGUGAGCAGCGGGGGAACUCGUCACAGACUCCCCCGGGAAAUGAUCUUUGUCGGCAGGGAUGACUGCGAACUCAUGCUACAGUCCCGCAGCGUGGAUAAACAGCAUGCAGUCAUUAACUACGAGGCUGGGACUGACGAACACAAGGUCAAGGAUCUGGGCAGCCUGAAUGGGACCUUUGUAAAUGAUGUCCGCAUCCAGGAGCAGAUGUACAUCACUCUGAAGUUGGAGGACAAGCUGAGGUUUGGAUAUGAUACCAACCUGUUCACGGUGGUGAGAGGAGAGCUCACUGUGCCUGAGGAGGCUUUAAAGCAUGAAAAGUUCACCAGUGGCCUCCAGCUCAGUAAGAAGCCGUCCAAUGGUGAAACUACUACCACCACAACCACAAGCAAAUCUCCUGCCAAGACCCCAACAAAGAAGUCCCCCAGUGGCAGCACCCUAAGGCCAGUGGAGGGUCGAGCAACAGAUGGGGUCACUUCCUCCAAGGAGCAACAAACUAAACCUGUGGACACUCACAAAGCAGAGGAGAGGAUAGGAGGGGACGUUACAGCACUGCCUCGUGGGACCCCCCUGUACGGCCAGCCAUCUUGGUGGGGGGAUGGGGAUGCAGAUGAUGAGAACUCCUUCAAACAAGAAAGCAAGUCAUCCAACAAAAAACAUGACAGCUCCAUUUCAGACAGCAAAGAGGCUCGUCGAGGGGAGAAGGCUAAAGAGGACAACCUUCAUGCGUCCUCCGCCCACGAUUCCAGUUACUUUGAGAUCCCUACCAAGGAGGGACACAUGGCCAAUAACGGCAUCCAUGAGAUUCCCACCAAGGACACAGAGGGCACUGCCACACACACCACUACAGCUCAAGGUCACGCCUCCUUCACCAUAGAGUUUGACAACACUUCUCCUGGGAAAGUCACAAUUAAAGACCAUGUGUCAAAGUUCACAUCCGACCACCACAGAUCUCGCUCCAAGAAGAGCGGAGCAGGAAGUGGAGGAGCAGGAGGGAGGGACUUGAGCACCCUGCAAGCCGCUAUGAUGGCAUCAGAGAGCAAGGUGGCUGAUUGGCUGGCCCAGAAUGACCCCACUCUGGUGCGCAGCGAGUCAACAGAGGACGAUAGCAAGAGCAUCAAGAGCGACGUGCCAGUCCACCUCAAAAGGCUAAAAGGCAGCAAGCAUGAGGAUGGCACCCAAAGUGACUCAGAGAAUGGACUGGGCCUGCGUUUCGCCAACCGUCGCCACGCCCUCGAGGAACGCUUAAAAGCAGCACACGGCCACGUGGGAGGAGGAGCUGGAGGAGCAGGAGGGGGGAACAUAACGGUGAGCGGGACCAGAGCAACCGGCUCCCGCACUGCCUUCAUGAUCGAGUUCUACGACGAGGAAAACCCUCGCAAGCGCCGGUCGUAUUCCUUUUCCCAGACUGCACCCCUGCAGGGGAUUGGAGCUGGUGGGGAGGGACUGUGUCCCCAGCCUCCCUCUCACCCCAAGGUGUUCAGCAUUUCCACCUCUGCUGCUACAGCAUCAGACUUGGGUAAGGUCCCAGCUCCAAUACCAGCUACAGUGACUGUAGGUGCCCCUACAGCUGCCCGCGUCCUUCUCAAGCAGAGGUCAGAGGACCCGAGUAUCGGUCGCAGCUCAGCCAGUACCGGGCUGGCGACAGGUAGCCCCACCACCCCCAGCGAGGACGCCUCAGUUGUUGGGAGAGGAGCAGGAACAGCUGGAGGGGAGGCAGAGGACGACCACAGCGACAAGGGCACCUACACUAUUGAACUGGAGAACAGGAACCCAGAGGAAGAGGAGGCCAGACGCAUGAUAGACAAGGUGUUUGGUGUGCAGCAGAGCCAAGACUCCUCUAUUUUGUCAGAACUGAAAGAAGGAAAAGGAAAGGAGACAGGAGAGACAGAGAAAGAGGCUCUUCCUGGUGACUCGAGCUGGGUCUCUCAGUGGGCCAGUCUAGCUGCCAAUCACACCAGGACAGACCCAGAAGGCUCAGGAGGAGAAACAGCCGCCUUCCUGCACAAAGAGAGAGCUGAUGCCUUUGAGUCUGGUGCAUCCCUCAGCAGAGGUGAAUCCUCCUCCAGUCUGACUGACCGCAAGCGCAGGACCCUCCCCCAGCUCCCUGUUGAUGACCCCCGGGCUAAAUCCAGCACCAAAGCUCUGGGACUGAGGUCUGAGAUUGGGGAGAAACAGGACACUGAACCCCAGGAAAAAGAGAACAAGGGAGACGGGGAGUCCCCAACUCCCAUGGUGGACGGUGAGAUGAUCAGUAAACGGAAACAAAGCUCUACAUCUUCUCCAUCCAAGGCUCCUCUCCGGACCUCUGGCAGCACAGAGCGGAAGAAGAGGUCAGAGGAGAGGAAAGGAGGAGGAGGAACAGGAGAAGGAGGAGAGAAGUCUGGAAAGCCUCUAGUGCGCCAGGGUAGCUUCACAAUCGAAAAGCCCAGUGCCAAUGUCCCUGCAGAGCUCAUCCCACGCAUCAACAGAGGUAGCGGUGGACGUGAACGCAGUGACUCCGUGGGCAGUAUGGACACUGCUACACUGCUGAAGGACACUGAAGCGGUCAUGGCAUUCCUGGAGGCCAAACUAAGAGAUGAAAAUAAACUAGACCAGAAAAGUAGUAAAACUGGCAUCACCACUCAGGGUUCAGGUUCUGGCUUCCCCCCUCGGACUGACUCCAUCUCUCCUGAGUCAGACGUGGACACGGCCAGCACAGCUAGUCAUGUGGCUGGAGAGGCAGAGAGGAAAGCAUCAGCCCCUGGUGAACAAAAACGACGUUCCCUCAGCAGCAUGCACCGGGAGAAGAGCAACAUGAGUACAGCUUCCAAGACCAGUGUCACUAACGCAAGUGCCCGCGAGCGCUUGGAGAGAAAGUCUAAAACAAGAACAGUGGAGGCGACAAGCCGGGCUGAUGCACGCCGCUCUGUUCAGUCGUCCUCUGCCUCCUCCAGAGCACGCCAGCCUUCUCUGGACCUAACUGAUGAUGACCAGACUUCUUCCUUCCCCAUCUCUGACAUCCUCUCCUCAGACCAGGAGACCUACUCCGGACCUUUGGGGCACCCCAAACUCGACAGUAGGUCUGCUAAAACCUCCACCAGCGGAUCCUCUAAAACCAGCCGCACUCUCCAGGCCGCCACCACGUCUUCCCUGAACAAGCAGGCCUCGCUUCCUCAGCCGCGGCCCACGAGAGCCUCCCUCCUCCGCCGCGCCCGACUGGGGGACACAUCUGACACGGACCUAGCUGAUGCAGACAGGGUGUCUGUUGCCUCUGAGGUAUCCACCACCAGCUCCACCUCUAAGCCACCAUCUGGUCGGAAGGGACUGUCACGACUAGACAUGCUAGCUCAGCCACGUAGGAACCGUCUGGGCUCCAUCUCAGCCCGCAGUGACUCAGAGUGUACAGUGACACGGAGCUCCACCUCUUCACCCCGUCUGUCAGCUGAGACUGCUCUGCGUCUGGGCUUGCGCUCAUCAACACCAACAGAGAACAGGCUGACACCCAGGAUGAGGGCCAACAGUGUGUCCAAACUGAACGAGGCGAAGACCAAGACCUCUACAUCUGGAUACUGCUCGCCCACAGUGUCCAGUAGCAGCAGGUGGAGACGUCUGCCGCCGGAGUACGGCUCCACCUCAGAGGAAGAGUUUGGCUCCAACCGGAAUUCUCCGAAGCAUGGAGGACGCCCCCACAUGCGGCCUCAUCACCUCGUCCCGCACCGCAGCUCGAGACUCAGCACCACUGCGAGCCCAGGCUCCAGCGUGGUGACGGGUCCGGGUGGAGUCAAACACCGCAUGAAAGAGCAAGAGGAGUACAUCAGGGACUGGACAGCACACAGCGAGGAGAUAGCCAGGUUAUUCCCAUGUGUGCGCAGGAUCAGCCAGGACCUGGCUAAGGACUUGGCCAUCUUGGCCCGCGAGAUCCACGAUGUGGCUGGUGAGAUCGACUCUGUCAGCUCAUCUGGCACGGCACCCAGCACCACCGUCAGCACCGCCGCCACCACCCCGGGAUCGGCCAUUGACACCCGGGAAGAGGUAGGCCCUGCACGUCCCACGCAACCGGAUAUACAGGAGAGCAUGAGAAAGUUGGUGGAUCGGGUGUUCGAUGAGAGCCUCAACUUCAGGAAGAUCCCGCCUGUGAUUUCAGCCAAUAAGGCACCAGAGAUCAACGGUAAGCCAGUGGAGCUCCGCCCCCGAGCUCCUGACAGUCUGGAGCCCCGCGCUCUGAGGAGGCGCACCUGGAACCGAGAGGAGGCGGUGUUGGACAGCCUGCUGCUCAAUUCAGUUUCUCAGCUGUCCAGCAAGAUCAGACACUCUGUCGACAAAACAGCAGGGAAAAUCAGGAUAUUAUUUAAGGAUAAGGACAGAAACUGGGAUGAGAUUGAGAAUAAACUGCGAUCGGAGAGUGACAUACCACUGCUGAAAACCUCCAAUAAGGAGAUCUCCUCAAUUCUGCUCGAACUGAAGAGAGUUGAGAAGCAGCUUCAAGUGAUCAAUGUCAUGGUAGACCCAGAUGGGACCCUAGACGCCCUGGCCAGCCUUGGUCUGACCAGCCCCACCACCCCUACCAAGCCCCAAAUCGCCAAAACAAUGUCCGCCUCCGCCACCAGCCCUGGGUCUGCACCUCCAGCCAAAGAAUCACUGCCGGAGAUCCUCCCUGGCCCUGGAGGAUCAACAGCCAGGGUUGAGGCUUCCUCUGCCAGCACAGGGGAUACUGCACGAGAGCCCAACUUGGGUCAGGGGUUAACGGGAGUUGGAGGACUCCCCUUCAACCGCAUGCGGCCCAGCGGAGAGGAGGCCAUUGCGCAGAAGUGAACAGAACGUUUCCUGGAAAUCAGUGUCAUGUGAAUAACAGGAGUCUGGAUUGGAGUGCAGAUGGCUGGUGAUCUGUGUUCACAGCAAUGAAGCAGGUGUGGAAACAUUUAAACAGUUUUUCCCACAGAACAGUUGCCAUUCCGCUGACUAUACCAGUGGAGUAUUAUGAGUAUAAUAUAAACAUAAUUUAGCUAAAGUGUUACCAGACCUGACCGGAAAUGAAGUGCUUCAACUGACCUUAAGACUCCACAGGCUGAACCCCAACUAACGCAUCAUGGAUAUACCCUCAGAACAGAAAUUCACCAAUGUAUGAUUUGGAUACAGUCAUAUUCUGAGCUUUUCAACUGUUAACUGUUCAUGCUUACUGGCCAAGCUGACUUCCUGAUGGACUGAAGGCUACCUGGCUGCUCUCUCAGUGGACAGAUCUCUGUGGUUGUACAGUCUCCACUCUCCUCCAGUCUUCUCCUCUUGCCUUCUCCAUGUGUCUGGACCCUACCUACACGAAGGACAUGCCUUAAAACACAUCCGCGAUAGUAGCAGCCCCGUGCCCUCAGAUAAUAUACAACUUUUAAAUACAAUACUUUCAAACCAACAGAAUGCUUUGUAAAAUAACACUUGCAAAAUAUGUUCUAUUUACACUAUGAUGAAAUGCAGCACACUGCAAUGAUUUAUUAGCUCUUUUUCAGUAUAAAGAAUAUUUCAGCAGCCUUAAGUAACCACUCUGACAAACCACACAGUCAUACAGACAUGCUUUAUGCCUGAAAGAGUUCACAAACCAAGCAGAAUUGCAGAUGUUUUUAGAUAUUUCAGAACUAACCGUCCAUGAAUGCAUCUCUAAGACUGACUCUGUAGAAAAGGAUUUGUAGUGCCUCCCUGUCUCUGUGCUUCAUUAUGUUUUACUCUUCCCUUCGUUUUUCUCCCAGUAGUUGGAAAAAAGUGUUCCGCAGUUUGUCACUCCAGUAGCAUGUGCAGGGCGAAGCUGAGAGCUUUCUUCCUGCAAGUCGGUGUCUGUGUCGAUCUUACUAAUACUGAAUGGUAGUUUUACUCAAUGGUAACAGCCUUUGGGAAACCAAUGAUCAUUUUCACUCAAAGUAAUCACUUGCCAAAGUUAACAAGUUAAUUGACCAUGUCAUUUUCAAACAGUUGAGCCAUGUUGGAAUUCAUCUGUUGUGCAAAAGCCUGAGAAUCUUUAUUUCACGAAAGGCAGUUCACUUUUUUCUCUGAAUGUCAAGACCAUGUUUCUGUCAACAAAUCAAAGAUUGAAAAAGCCUAUUUAUUAUAAUGAAACAAUAGCUUAAUCAUUGCUGCCAUAUGUUUUUUGGCCAAUGUGACAGGGCCUGUGAGAAUCAGUUAGCCCUUAGCUUUUUGCAGUACACCCACUCAAGUGUCCUAUGAUUUCCAAUUGGCUUUUUUCUACUUAUUCCAGUAACUGGUGAUGUGACUUAUUUUCAAACUGAGCAAUGAUCAGCAAAGAAAAGAACUGUUUAAAUAUUUUAUAAUAUUGUAGACCUUUACUUUUUAAUGCUUUGCAUCACCUCACAAUAAAUUUCAUUUUCAUAGUCACUAACCAGUUUGAGCUCACGUACUCUCAAAACCAGAACAUGAAGAAGCUGCUUGAAUUGGUUUUAAUCGCAGGCAACUUACAGGGAGGCCAUCUGUGGUUCAAAACAUCUUUGAAAAUACGCUCCCCAUUCAUUUUAUGAUUUCUGCUCUUAAUAUGGCUUCAUAUCAGUGUACAUACAGUAGGUGCAUCGUUCUAUUUCCACCAAGGGCGGAAGUUCCAGCAUACUGAUACUGUAGAACUGGAGAGACAAUAUAGUUAGCCUCUUUCCUCCCAUUGACUUUGCUGCUUUUCUAGUUACGUUAUCGGGACUAACUAUUUUGUGAAUCCCUCUUCAGCUCAUAGUCUGUGUUCUAGAGUAAGAUGACUUAAAGGCAGGAUAUUAGUACUUAGAUACUCUUGCAAUAGUAAAUUUAGGUACCAGAAUACAUGUUCAUUUCCUUCUCUAUACUGUACUGUACAAUGUCGUCAAUGCCUCCAAGUGCCCAUUUUGACUAUAGAAGGGCAUUGAUUAAGAUGUAGUUGUCUAAAAAAAAUCUCUUAUUUUGCACAUCAGAUUGUGGUGUUUUUUCACACAGAAGUAGUGACGAAGCAGUGAAAGGCUGCAUCAAAUGUCAAAUGGUUUGACAAAGAAUGAUAUCACUUUGCCUGAUAUCAGCAGUGAUUGCCUUGCCUCUCUGGAACUAUUCUGUUUGUACAAACGAAGCCUCUAAUUGUGUUUUGUUUUGUUUUUUUAACCCCGUUUUAUCAAAAAAAAAAAAAAAAUUAGGGGACUGUGAAUGCUAGGUACAUGUUUAUUUUUGAAAUUCUACAUGUGUCAUCUGAUCAGUGUUUUUUGUCAUUUUUGUAAAGAAAAAACACCAUUUUAUUUAUUUUUUGUUUAAUAUUUUGUGGAUGUUUCAUGCAUUUUAUAUUUGUUCAACUACCUGCAUUGUUUCUUACUGUUAA